AUGCCACUCAAAGCAGUGCUCCGGGGGAAUUCUCUUGAAAACACUCCUAAUUCCUCUGAUCAACAACAACCUUCACGCUCGGAGCACGACGGUUCAGAUGAUUCGGGUGGUUCUUCUGUAUCUGCUGAGUUCACUGAACUGUGUACAGAAGACUGUCAUCUUAUCACCUGUGCUGAUCCCACGCACGAAGCAGCGAACUGUACAGCUUCUGGAGACACUCUCGUCUGUCCAGAUCCAAAGGACUGCAACGUGGUUGACAAAUAUCUGCAAUAUUGUACAGAUUUGCACGCAUAUCUUACUGAGCCCAAAAGUUACCCGAGCAUCUAUCAUUGGCAUAAUAGCUCGUCAAUGGAAUACAGAACGGACGAGACAAAUGUCUUUCACUCAACCCAUCCAGAUGGUCAAACAGGCCUCUCUUACUCCCUUGAAGUCCCUGAAACGAGCCAUUCACAAGACAGUUUACCGACGUCCAAUCUAUUCACUGGCAACCUUUCGGGCCAACUGCCAGAAUAUCCGUUUGACUAUUCCCAACAGUAUGAGCCUAGCUCGCACACGCACUCAACCGUUACGUCGCCACUAACUCUCCCUCACGCAACUUUCUCCCCCUCACCUCCUCACGUGUCUCCUACUGAUUCCCCGAUAUCCUUAAAUACCUUGGAACAACCAACACCCUCGAACGCUCCUGUCUCUCCUAUCGCUUGUAUGUGGGGAAAUUGUCACGCAAGAUUUUCUGCUGCAGAUGAGCUAAUCGAGCACGUCAAUGCUGAACAUUUGAUGUUGAUGUCCUCAGCCGCAAAUUCAAAACAUAAUGUCGCUUGUCAGCCCAACGAAGAGCAUCACGAGUAUUUUUCUUGCUUAUGGAGAGAUUGCCACGAAUUUUUUCCCGAAUUGGUCGAUGCUCCGUCACACGACAAGCCACACUUACCGUACGACCAGUUCACCGUCCAUAUUCUCUCUCAUCUAGGUUAUCCUGGUCCGAACCAAUCUACCCUCCCAAAGUAUCCGGAUGAUUAUCCGAAGGAAUACAUCGACAUGUACGCUCACUCGUUUCCAAACACCUCCGAGUCCGCCGCAGAACGUGCCAGCGACUCGUCUCGAAGCGAGAGCGCCUCCUCGCGCUCUGUGACCCCACCGUUUUCAAUGGAGGGGCAGGAGCAUUUGCACCAGUGCAAAGGGUCACAUAUGUGUCGUUGGAAUGGAUGUGGCCUCACGUUUGACUCCUGCGACGACCUUACGACCCAUCUGACUCAGGCGCAUGUUGGGAGUGGGAAGCCUCACUAUGAUUGCUAUUGGGGCGAAUGUGUUCGGAAUGGACAGAGUGGAUUCACGAGCAAGCAGAAAAUAUGUCGACAUCUGCAGUCGCAUACAGGGCACAGACCUUUCCAGUGUAACCUUUGCCACCAAAACUUUUCUGAGGCGGCGACGCUGCAACAACAUAUGCGACGACACACCAGAGAGAAGCCAUAUGCAUGUGAUCAUCCUGGUUGUGGAAAAUCAUUUGCGAUCACUGGCGCAUUGACAAUUCACAAACGUACUCACAAUGGCUACAAGCCGUUCAAGUGCACUUUCUGUGACCGUGCAUUUGCGGAAUCGUCCAAUCUCUCGAAGCAUCUCCGCACUCACACCGGUGCUCGUCCUUACUCAUGUCUCGAACCUGGAUGCAAUAAAUCAUUCGCUCGACCCGAUCAGUUAACUCGACAUGGGAAUGUACAUAGAAAGAAGGCGCAGAAGGCAGCUGCCGCAUAG